CGCAGCCUCGGUGAGGCGGUGCCCGCAAACCCGGAUUGGUGCUAGCCUUGGCGGUCCGUUCCCGAAUAAACUCCGCCUAAUGUAUGCAUUGCGACAUACAUAUACAUGCAGUACAGCCUACCCUCGUGCCCACCUGCGGACUGCAGAUCCAUCGUUCUGGCGCAAAAGGUGAACCUCGAAAUGCUGCAUGCGAGUGAACGACAGAUGAAUGGAGACAUUUCAUAUUGACGGCUCGCCUUUGGCCGUCUAUCUCGAAGGUCAAGGCCGUUAUGACCCAGAUAUCGACGAGGUCGAAGCCGCAAGUGAAAAAUCCGAAGCGUCCCGAGACCAACCAUUCGCACCCUCAGGCGACAGCAUAUCGCUACCCCGACUCCGUCGACCCAUUCUCCCACCUAUCCAAACUCAACAACCAACCCAGACGACCAUACGAAAAGUGCAUAAUGCGUGGUCAACCGCAGUCAAUUCUAGAUUGCGGCGAGCCGAUAACGCCAAAUUCAUUGAGCACUUCCGGUAUGUGAUCGUCGCUUCUCAGCUGCUGGACGAGCAUAUUGAUCAGGGCGCUCUCAACCCGUCUCUGCUUUUAAAUCCUUGCUUGGACGGCACCACAGAGCACGCAGAUGCACCCAGAGUUUCGACUAGUCUAUAUGGAGCAAUCGUCACCGCGGGCGCUGCAUUCGCGCUGGUAUAUCUAUUGCACUGGUCACGGUCCAGCCAGAGCGGAUACAUGAGCUGGGGAAGAAUAGUACUGGCAGUGGCGGCGUUUUCUGCUAUUGCCAUCUUUGGAUAUGCUUAUGUUCGCAGACAAUGGUUGAAAUUUAUCCGCACGAACGCAAUCAAUGCGGCGUCGGGCUUGACCACGAAUUGGCAGGCUUUUGAACUAUCUUCAGCGUCGGCGCUCUCUUUCAUUCAGGAGGUGGAGCUUGUGUCCAAAGGUUACAGGCUCAGCACGCCGCUGCCACCCGCGACACGAAUAGAAGAUCCAGGACCAAAUCGGAGAUGCGUUCGGCAUCGCAAGAUCCUAUGCAGGGCAUAUGCCUCCAUCAUUUCGGCGUGCGUAGAGGCACGCAGCACCUUGCAACGAUUUAUUCACGAAGACGACCUUGAGAAAUAUUACGAAAUUUAUGACAUUAAUGCACAAGAGGCCCAGGAGGCCAGUCUGGAAAUCCUGGAUGAAGACCCGGAAUCCCUGAAAUCACUCCGGAUGUUGAGCUAUCGAGCCGGUCUCCUUCGAAGGACGGCGUUAUGUUCACUGAUGGCCCUCGAAGCGGACGGCGGCCAUCCAGACGUCUACAGAUGGCGUGUCGCCACGGAAGUCAUGGAGAAUCUGACCAUGACCACGACAUCCUCAAUGGAGACCUUGCGCCGCAUGCUAAAUGAAGUCGAUGCUCUGAGAAUACCAACCACACCUGCAGCAGCCAAGUCUCACGAGCCUGUCCGGGAGAAGAUGAGAAGUCAAGUGCGCAAGAUCAGUGCGCUCUCAUCCGGUAUCAAGGGACUGCAGGCCAAAAUGCAGAUCUUACGUGAGGAGACCAAUAAAUCAAUUGAGCAAUCUGAUGAUUUGACCGAUCUUGGGCCUAGUAUGAUGUCACACUACGACGCCAUUGGGGCCGAUCUCAAAGAUCUCAUCCAGGCCUGGGAGGCCGGAAAAGCCGCUCUGCAGAGCAACAUCAUCAAACACGAACGCCGUAUCUCACGUGCAUCUUCAGGCGGCAUGCGCUCACCCGUUACGAGUCUUAGCGGGCUUACUGCCGUCGACGAAGAUAACGGUUCCCUGUCCGACGCGCUCCGCAUUCUUAGCGGGGAAACUACAUCUGGCAGCAAACACAGCGGCCGCACCUCGCCCACCAACACCUCGCCUUCAGAAGAAGAGACUGUUUUCGAGGCCAUCGCCAUGCCGCGACAACGACAGCGCAGUAGCACCCUGUCUCGCACCGAACGCAUUCUAAAGAUGCAGGAGGAGAGAGAUCGUCAGGCGGCACUGCGCGCUCGGCGAGAUGCAAAUACAGGCAUGCUGCGCGAGCUGGAAUCGGUCAUCAAACUUCGACCUCAACGCACGAGCACGGGCAACGUGACGCUGAAAGGACUCUGAAGUAUACUUGUCACACUCGUGGCACAACUAUCAAAUCUCCGAUGCGUGCGUCCUGUCGAGGACGUCGGCCUGCCUUUCGGGGCCCUAUCGGAUUUUCUCUUUUCCCCGAUGCUAUCAUUCGGGAAUUCUGUUUUGAUAGAAACCUUCUGAUCUGUCGUGGAGCGAUCAAUUGCGGUGGCCCCGCACCUCUUUAUAUACCCUUCUUCCUCCAUCGAUUUCGAGGAUGGCAACAUGUUACGAUCACUUGCGCUUUUUUGUUUUUAAUUGAGCCAAUACUGGAUAAUGAAACCUUUCUCUGAUUCACCCCUCAGACCUCCUUUGAACGAAGAAUUUCUUCGGCGAAGUUUGUGC